AUUAGAGGGUGUGAUCAGUCGCAUGUCGAUAGCUUUCAUUGUGGACGCAGCGAGUUAACAGAUGAGCACUAAUCGGGAUCACCCAAAAUACACCAAAAACAAAAAUCUACAGCAUAAACAAGAGAAGAGAAACAACAGAAAAAGGAGAAACAAGAGGACUGGCUGCUUGACAUGGAUUGUCCAGACAUCUGCAAUACAAUACUUUUUAAGAGUGAUACUUUUUUAUUCACUUAGAUGAUUUAAAUCUAAAACAUCAGAUAUCUCAUCAUUUUUUAACAUUCAUGCCGAUUAGGAAUCGGUUCUGAAACGGAUCACUUUAUCUUUUUGAACUUUUUUUUUUUUAAACCAAACCAAACAAAAGUGGAAUGUGAUCGCACGUAUUGGAUGUAUAUUGGACUUAUAAAGGGCGCCGGGAGGCAAAGACUGAAUUAGACGCAGAGCAUCUGAAUCCUGCAUCUGGACGACAUUAUAAAAGUAAAAUAUGGGGAAUAUUGAGAGUGUGGACGGGCAAUCUGAGAUGAAGCAUCAUAUCAUGCCCUUGAAAGUUCCCAUGCCUGACCCAACAGAGCUAGAGGAAAGAUUUGCCAUUGUUUUGAACUCUAUGAACCUGCCCCCAGAUAAAGCACGUCUCCUCCGGCAGUAUGAUAAUGAGAAGAAGUGGGACCUCAUCUGUGACCAGGAGCGUUUCCAAGUGAAGAAUCCUCCACAUACAUACAUCCAGAAACUACGUGGUUAUUUAGACCCAAGAGUCACACGCAAGAAAUUCCGCAGGAGGGUCCAGGAAUCCACCAAAGUCCUGCGGGAGCUGGAGAUAUCGCUUCGAACCAAUCACAUAGGGUGGGUUCGUGAGUUCCUCAAUGAUGAGAACAGAGGCCUGGACAUCCUGGUGGAGUACCUCUCCUUCGCCCAGUGUGCCGUCAUGUUGGAUUUUGAAGGGCUGGAGAAUGGUGACGACUUUUCGCUGGACAAGGCUAAGUCCUGGAGCAGGUCCAUUGAGGAUCUGCACCAGAACGGCUGCAAUACGCUAGUGCGCUCUGCGCGGCAAUCCGUCCUCCGUUAUGGCUCAGCUGCCAACAGCAAAACCAUCAAGAACUCCAGAUUAGUGAGUCAAAAGGAUGACGUGCAUGUGUGCAUCAUGUGCCUCAGAGCAAUCAUGAACUAUCAGUAUGGCUUCAACCUCGUCAUGUCUCAUGCGCAUGCUGUCAACGAGAUUGCCCUAAGUUUGAACAAUAAGAACCCAAGAACAAAGGCGCUGGUCCUGGAGCUGCUGGCUGCUGUAUGUUUGGUGCGAGGAGGCCAUGAAAUCAUCCUCUCAGCGUUUGAUAACUUCAAAGAGGUGUGUAAGGAGAAGCACCGCUUUGAGAAGCUGAUGGAGUAUUUCCGUAGUGAAGAUGGGAACAUCGACUUCAUGGUGGCUUGCAUGCAGUUCAUCAACAUUGUGGUCCAUUCUGUGGAGGACAUGAACUUCCGUGUACAUCUGCAGUAUGAGUUCACUAAGCUGGGGCUUGAUGACUUCCUGGAGAAAUCCAAGCACACAGAGAGUGAUAAGUUGUCGGUGCAGAUCCAGGCUUACCUGGAUAAUGUGUUUGAUGUUGGAGGUCUGUUGGAGGACGCUGAAACAAAGAAUGUGGCCCUGGAGAAAGUGGAGGAGCUGGAAGAACAUUUGUCUCAUGUGACAGAGAAGCUUCUAGAUGUUGAAAAUGAGACCAUGAUGAAGGUAGCAGAUCUGGAGAAACAGCUGUUACACAAAGACAAGGAACUGGCAACCAUAAAGGAGACAUAUGAGUCCGCCAGUUCACAAGUGCACACACUGCGGCGGAUGAUCCAGGAGAAGGAUGCCGCCUUUCAGAGGCACAAUAACAUUGAGAAGCAAUUGCUGGAGCUGGAGCAGCAGGGCACCAUUCGUUUACGCAAGCAGCCUGAUGGGGAUAUUGCCAUUGAGGCUCUGGGUAGAGGAGGACUGGCUGGUGGAGCAGCAGCUGGAGCACUUCUGGGAGACCUGGGCUUACUUACUGCAAGCAUGAGUGGGAAUGGAGGUCUGAGUGUCACUACACCUGCUCCUAUUGAAGCUGUUGCUCCACCUCCACCGCCACCUCCACCUCCACCUGCCCCACCACUCCCUUCAGAAGUCGAGUGUAUUCCUAUUCCUCCUCCACCUCCUCCACCUCUGCCUGGAACAUCACCAUCAGUCAUCCUAAGUGUUGGCUUAUCAGCCAUACGCAUCAAGAAACCCAUAAAAACCAAAUUCCGCCUACCUGUCUUCAACUGGACUGCACUGAAACCCAACCAGAUCAAUGGAACCGUCUUCAACGAAAUCGAUGAUGAGCGUGUGCUUGAGGAGUUGGAUCUGGAGAAGUUUGAGGAGCUGUUCAAGACGAAAGCGCAGGGUCCUGUGGUGGAUCUGUCAUGCUCAAAGAGCAAGGUUUCUCACAAGGUCGUCAACAAAGUGCAGCUGCUUGAUGCCAAUCGCUCAAAGAACCUGGCCAUCACUCUGCGCAAGGCCAACAAGACCACAGAAGAGAUUUGCAAAGCCAUUCAAACGUUUGAUCUGAAAGCCCUGCCAGUGGACUUCGUGGAAUGCCUGAUGCGGUUUCUGCCCACGGAGGCUGAGAGUAAACUACUGCGUCAGUAUGAGCGCGAGAGGAGACCUCUGGACCAACUAGCUGAGGAAGACCGUUUCAUGCUCCUCUUCAGCAAGAUUGAGCGGCUCACUCAGAGAAUGAGCAUCAUCACGUUUGUGGGCAACUUCAAUGAUAAUGUCAACAUGCUGACCCCGCAACUCAACGCCAUCAUCGCUGCAUCAGCGUCAGUGAAGUCUUCUCCAAAGUUAAAGAAGAUUCUUGAAAUCAUUCUGGCCUUGGGCAACUACAUGAACAGUAGUAAAAGAGGCUCGGUGUACGGUUUCAAACUUCAGAGUCUGGAUCUGCUGCUAGAUACUAAGUCUACUGACCGGAAAAUGACACUGCUGCACUACAUUUCUCUGGUCGUCAAAGAGAAAUAUCCUGAACUGGCUACCUUCUACAAUGAACUGCACUUUGUGGAUAAGGCUGCAGCAGUCUCCCUGGAGAACGUGUUGUUGGAUGUUAAGGAGCUGGGUAAGGGCAAGGAUCUGGUCAGGAGAGAAUGCAGUCUGCAUGACCACGCUGUACUCAAGGGCUUCCUCCAGACCAGCGAUACACAGCUGGACAAACUACAAAAAGAUGCCAAGACUGCUGAGGAGGCUUUCAACAAUGUGGUGCUUUACUUUGGGGAGAGUCCUAAGACCACACCGCCCUCUGUGUUCUUCCCAGUGUUUGUACGGUUCAUCAAAGCCUACAAGGAGGCUGUGCAGGAAAACGAACAGAGGAAAAAGCAAGAGGAAGCCAUGAGAGAAAAACUACUAGCACAGGAGGCCAAACAGCAUGAGCCCAAGGUCCAGGCUCAAAAGAAGCGACAGCAGCAGCAGGAACUGAUCGCAGAGCUCCGGCGCAGACAGGCCAAGGACCACCGGCCUGUAUAUGAGGGCAAAGAUGGCACCAUUGAAGACAUUAUCACAGUGCUGAAGAGUGUGCCCUUCACAGCCCGCACGGCCAAACGGGGCUCUCGCUUCUUCUGCGAUACCAACCUCUUCGACGAGUCCAUCUGCUAGCCCCCCAAACCCCCCAAAAAAACUGCCCCUAAUGCCGCAGAUCUCCGAAGCCAGCCCUUCCUGCGAGCUGACGCGGUGAUCCGGAAUGGGUGGAAGCGACCCUAAAGACCCCUCACUCACUCACCCACUGCUACUCUCCCCCCGCUUUCUUCCGAAAUGGCAUCUUCCUGCAAAUCACAGUGACUGAGGGAAGUGCAGGACCAAACCAGUGUCUUUGGUUUUAGGUGGGGGUGGGGUGGGGAAGUUAUUUAUUUAUGGAAAUCCUUUUUGGAUUCUGCACUGGAGGCUCUUUCAAUAAAGCCAUAAAAGCACAGACAUUAAGGGCGGCCUCAUGAACGCUCGCGCACGCAAAUCCUGAGGAGCGUCUGUGACAGCUUGCGUUGGCACAGGAAAAAUGCUUGUUGUGGUUGACACACAGACAGCGGUAACACUAGCCUGCUGACCCUGAAGAGCCUUCCAAUGGGAUCUCAUGUCCAUUAACAUGGAUUUCCUUUUAUUGUGCAAUGUAAGCAUGACUUUCUGUCUGAGGUCACUGACUUCCAGGCCCGUUUGUACAGUUCUUUUAUUAACUAUGAACUCAAAUGAUUUAUUAAUCCUAACUACCUGGAGCGGACUACUUCGUCUCCAGUAUUUUAACCCUACGGUUACAAAGAAGUGCCUUUCUGUUGAGUCAGUAUUAUUUCUUAUAGCCAAUAUUGAUGUAUCUAAGUUUAUACUUGUGUUAAUCGUUAUGGUGUAACAUUUCAGAUGCUUAAUGUAAAUAUUAUGCAGUUAUCCACUGCAGCUUUAACAAAAGCACCUGAAGUGCUCUAUUUGACUGACCGUGUGCCUUGUAUUGAUGGUGCCUUCACCCAGCUUUUUAAGUGUUUAAUGCGCAUGUACCAGAACAAAGUGUGCAUAACGUUAUGCCAUGCCUUGAAAUAUUCUUCCUCAGAGAAUAAGGAUCGGACCCAUUCUUUACCACACAGAAUGCUUAUGUAUAUAAAUGCAUUUUAUAUCCAAUAAGAAUCACUCCAGGGUUGUAAAGAUGAUAUAACAGAAUCCUUUGGGUGUGCAGUUGUACCAGUUGCCAGAGUUAGUAAAAUGAAGGACAUUCAUGGUUUGUAUUGAUUUACUUGGUUUAAACCAACAAUAACGUUUAAUAAGAUGAAUUUUAUUAUCAUCUAAUAUGUCCCUAAUACAAUAAUUACUUUCUUUGCACUAUCAUUGAAUAAGAACCGAUUAUUCGACUAGAGACAAGAUAUGAAAUUGUAUGAGCUUUAUUUUAGCAAUAUCUUACGCGAGGCCGCGCUUUACUGCGAGUAGUUGCUUUGUUCGGGAUGCGCUGCCGGUUAUAUUACACACAGUUCAGUAAGGCCUCAAGUGCUUUCUGCUUUUAUAAAACGAAAUGUUUUAGGUAUUAAGGAUAGAAAUGAUUAUUUUUACGUUUUAGAAAAAUACAUUAAGUGGCGUCUUACCGCUAGAGGAGCUAAAAUAGCCUCGACAGUCCGCCAGGAGGCAAACGUAGGCAUCGCAGCGAUCCCAACGGGACCGGAAGUACCCGUUUUAUAAAAAAGGGACGUAGUACCAUAUCACUGUAGCUCAAGAGAAGUGAAAACAUGUAAAUUAAACACUAACAGCUUAUAUGUCUUCUUGGAGAAGUUAUUUCUAAGACUGAACUUUUUUUAUGUUGUUGGACGUAAAUCAAGCCAUUUGGGAGGAAAGGCAAAGCACAAGAUGAAUGUACCAAAGUUUUAAUGUUAUUUGGUUGAAAUAGACCAAUGAAUGCAGCAGUUAACUGGAUAUUCUGUUGAAGUGGCAAAUAAAAAUAUUUGAGACUCGA